GCCUCUCCUCAACGUGAGCACUGCAACCCUUCGUUAUCCUUCUCAUUCUCUACGUCUCUGUAGCUCGUGCUCGUCACGACCAGAAGGGGCCAGACGGGGGCGUAAAUAUGCCACCUCCAAGCCUUCUCACCGCGGUUAGGCGAUCUCUUUUCGGUCCACGGUCUCUCCGGUCUCAAGGAAUCAACAUCGAAAAUGUGAAGCCGGUGUAUGACAGAGGAAGCUUGCCGUGGUGGACUCGUUGGACGUACUUCCUUGUUGCCGCGGAUCUGAUUACUGUCACGACCAUGUGCGAGCUGUCAUGGAACCAUUGGACAAUAUGGGAAGAACUUCCAUCUGAAACUCCUGAAAACGUGUCGUCCUCCUUGGAGACUAAGGAUCCGUCCCAGGCAUCAGGGCACUACGUCCUACGACCGUGGUGGCAGAGAGGGUUCUUCGCGCUCACGACAUUCACGACAGGGAUCGUCCUCGGAGCCAUCCUCCUUGGAGGCCGGUCUCGCAUUGUUCGUCGAAUGUUCAUCGUCCCUUCUGCUACAUCUGCUUCUUCUUCUUCUUCCACCACAAAAUCUGGCACGGCAGUACCCGGCCGGCAAGUCGUCAUCCAAUCUGCUCUGCAUACGAAAAAUCAAGGGGUCGUCUUCCCCCUCAAGCGCACGCGGUUAGUGCAGAGCCCGCUCAAGACUGAAAUGAUGGUAGGGAUCAAGGACGGUCGUGGGCAUUACUCCCUGGGGCUGGAGGGCGCGGAGGUUAACGGGACGAAGGCGUCGUUGUGGGAUGUGCGGAAGGCGCUAUUUACAGAGUGGUAUGGGGAGAAGAAGGGGCAACAGAUGUUCUUGAAUAGUUCCAAGGUCAAGGGGGCAUAAGCUGGAGCGAAUGUGAGCUCGGUUCAUCUCUUUAUACACAUCGCGCAUUGUGCUGCUACCCCAUGAGGCAUCGCUGUUCCUAGGACUUUUGCGUCGUGUCCACGUUAGUAACACGCAACAUGCAAUCCUCUCUUCGCACAUGAACUAUUUCAUCUGUUCCCGGAAGUGACGCACGCGCACCACCCAUCCGAAGAAGCGCGAUAUCGUUCUAUGCUCACUACUUCUACCUUAACGGCCGAUUUACAUCUUAAGUGGCAACUCUUGUCCGCAGAAUCCUCGCGAUGGGACCUUUCAAUAUACUCUGAUGAUACCGUUAAGCGCGGGCCGUGGGCGAUCUCACACUGUUUGAGCUACAUGGGACUGCUCGUUAGUCCAGAUCGCUCGGAGACGGCAUAAUCAUCCAUCCUGCUGCUUGUUCACUCGAUUCCACAAGGGUGCGAUCGCGUGUGCCGCGUCUCCUCUUCUGACGGUGAUUUCUUCGGCUGCGCAGAUAUUGCCGAUCUCU